AUGCCAACCGUGCUCAGCCUUGAAGAGCUUGUGCUACGAUGUUGUCGCUCUGGCUGCCAGGACCUAGAUGAUCAUCAGGGACGGGGAUCGUCUGAUGCUUCAACAUCUAAAUUUGAAAAUAUCGUCAAGAAAUUGUACAACUCAGAAAAUUUAGCAUAUCUGAAAAAAUUAUAUGAGUAUGAACAAGAGUGGAACAGGGUGCACGAAGAUGAUGUUAGUGACUUAUUUGGUGGAGAGACAGAAAGGUGCAAGGACUGUAUUUGUGAGGGUGAACCUCCGUUUAUCACCCCUGUAAAAGACAUAGAUGAUUUUCAAGAAAACACAGCCAAGAAAAUGCAUAUCAGUUCCCUUGAACGCAGAAGAAACGAUGAUCAAGAGUUUGAAUUUCUGAACUCUGAGCUUUCUGAUGAUACCGCUGAUGGUUCCGAGCUGACGUUCCUCUGGCGGCAGAUUAUUGAUAAUUAUAUCCGAGAAUCUUCUACAUCUCAGAUCAAUGUGAGUGCAUCUAUUCGUAAGAACUUACUGUUGGAAGAUGAUCUUCCAGGACCUCAUCACCCACAAGUUUUCUCUGAUUCCAAAAACAGUGUUCUACGUCUUCUGCGAGAUAAUGUCUAUAUGGAAUUCCUGUCAGACAUUAGAGGUCGAGAUACGAGCCAGGAAAACUUAAAAUUCACCGGUGCCAGUGGUAAGAAAAUACCCAAUAAAGACAACCACACAUCACCGGUCGACCCCAACUCUAUCACUUCGCCUCAAAGUUCAUUAAGGCCCCAAACUUCAUCAGCAUCUCUAUCAACAUCAACGUGUUCAUCAUGUGCACAAAUAGCACUCGAUCAAGUGCUUCAUACGGAGCUUAAUCCAGUCGUCUCCCCUACACCACUUGGGCCUUGUGGGGUCACUCCUGCAACUACAACAGGUCUGGUUGGAACGAAAAAGCACCUAAAAUCACGGUUUCGACCAGAGUCUUCCAACAAAGAAGAUAUCGAAAAGGAUUCAUCACUUUCCAGUAAUAAAUCAUCCCUGCUUUCUAAAAGCCUCAGCUCUUGGAAAAGACGCAUUAGGAAAGAACCAUAG